UACAUCCCCAUGCACCUCACUUACUUUAUAUCUGAAGGUGAUUUAAUUCCAUAGGAAUUCUGUUUUAGUGUUUCCUCAGGAUCUUUGAAUCUUUAUUAUUAUCAGUGAUUUGUACAUAACUGCCAAUAUUGGCAGGGCACCUAUUUCUCAAUAAACUCUUGAUUACUUUGGAGUUUAUGUGUACAGUCUGGGAUGGUGCUUUGUGUUAAAGGACUACUGUGAGAGAUUUCAAAUGUUUUUCCUGACAGUAAUUAAGAACAUUUAGGAGGUUACAGUGCUUGAGUACACUUUUCUUGAAUUAUACUUCCAAAUUAUUUCAGAGUGUAACAUUGUGCUUUAUACUACACUGCGUGUUUACAGCUUGUGGUAAUCAUAGGAAGUUUUUACACAGUGAACAAUACAACAUUUUAUAAUGCUGUAGAUUAAACCAGCCAUUUCAAACCUUUCCGUUGUCUUAUGAAAAGCAAAGAGCUGUUGGGCUCACAUAUCUCAGCAGGUCUGUGGAAUCCUGAUUUGUUUUUUUUUGUUUUUUUCCAGCUUAACUUCUCCCAGUAUGUGUUCAAAUAAUCCAAUAUCUGACAUAAAGUCAAUCUUUAUUUUUUUUGAGUCUCUGUAAUCAAAGUGUGCAGCAUUCAGCACCUGGAGCAGCCGCAACAGCAUUUUUCUGCUUACUCACUGACACUCCACUGUAAUAAUUAUAGUACCAUAAUCAUAGUCUUAUAUGUUGUUGGAGAGGGGGGGCUCAGAGAAGUUUUUUCCCCACUUUAUUUCUUUAACUGUAUUUUGUUGGUAAUGAUUUUCUGGGGUAAGUUAAGUAUUAAGUAUUAUUUAAGUAUUAUUGUAGGGUCUACCUUAAAAUAUAAAGCGCCUUGAGGCGACUGUUGUUGUGAUUUGGCGCUGUAUAAAUAAAAUUUUAUUGAAUACUAGAAUUUAAACUUGCUGCAAAUAAUUAAUUAAAGAUGAACGAUUUUAAGACAUACCCGGUAAUACACUUCAAUUGUUUAUGGGUGUAGUUUUAUUGUUAUUAUUAUUUAUAUAUUUAUUUAUUUAUUUUAAUAUUAUUAUCCUGUAUGCUGCAUGAUAGUUUCCGUUGCAGCUGCUUUGUAUUUUCCCUGCACGUGGUCAAGUACACGUUCACUGUUUACUUCCGUUAGGGAGGGGAGGAGGCAGUGAGCGCGAGGGCUACAUGCAGCUCACGUAGUACUUAAUGGCGACGGGCACGCCCAGCGCGUGGGCACGUUACCGAACCACUGCUGCUCCUUUAACUUUAACUAACUCGCAUUGUGGCAACUUUACUGCGUGAUAUUUUGUGUUGCUCACAACGAGGUGAAUGAUCUGUGUGGAGUUUGUGCUGCCGUGGUUUCUUGUUGUGGCACAUUGUUUUUUUGUGUACCGCUUGUUUUAUGUGGGAAUUCAAGUGAAAAUGAUUUGACACGCGAAUCGUCACGUGAUGUAAGAGGAGGCCAUAAAAGAGAAACGCAGUGGGGAAGUCACGAAGCCUCACCUCUCCCCCACACAGUGGACAUCACAUCCAGCACGUCUCUCACUCCUCGCACAUUCACUCCCCGAUCUCGACUGUAAAGCUAGAGGAAUGCCACCGGAAGUAGGCCGGCAUUCCUGUAAAAUAAAGCUAUAAAACUAUCGUAACUCUCAAGAAUCAAUUGUCAAUUCAGAGGAAUUCGUCUUAUUGAAGGCUAAAUGUCGAAUCAAUAUCAGAAUUAGUGCAUUUGAUUUAAAAGUUAGCUUUGUGUUUUACAGUUAAGCAUCAUGACGAAUUUCAAUACAGUUGAAUUUCAUCAGAAUGCUUAGUGUAUAUAUAAAGCGACAGAUUAGUUUGAACUAUUACUGAGCUUAGAAUAUUUAGCAUUUUACGUGACAAAUCACUUGUACAAAAAUGAUUUGUUAAAAUGUCUUUUGAUCAUAUUAUUGAUUAGUUUUCAGCAAUUAAUGAGAAAUGCUCUAUAGCAGCCUGUUUAGUCUCAUACUGAAAUAUUUUAGUCCCACGCUGAAGGUUUAUUCUUUCAGAUAUUUAUUAUUUUAUUUUUUCUGGAACUGAUGUUCCAGACACCCUUGUAAUAACUAGCAAUCCCCUCGACCACCGUUAAAAAUUAAACACACCAAGAGGCAAAAGGUUUGUCAGGCAGUGCGACAUUUAUUGUGAAAUCCGUUACCGGAUGUGGUGUACUUGUACAGUCGCUUGAUCGCCUGUGUCGUGGGCAGAAUGAUAAACGCGAGCGGAGAAACGCAGGACUUCAGAGGUAUUCCGUGAAGUCUGUCAGCUCGGUGCUUGACUGUUGGACUUCAGCAGGACUGAAUUCAGACCGUCACAGAAACAGAGCUGACGGCGAAACGGGCUUCCCUCUCUCUGUUUGUCGAAUCAAUCAUUUUACAGCCAAAACUUUGAACCUGCGACUCGUUUCUUUUUGUACGUUUUUUUUAAACUUCCAAGAUUACCUCAACAGUUAAAAUGCCUUUCAUUGAACACUUAUCGGACACGGAAUUGGAGCGUUUGGCUCUUGAGCAGGUCGUCCCGGCCCUGCAGGAAUACGGCUUCUACUACGUGGACGGACUCCUCGGCGAGCUGGCCGGGGGCGCGGUGUUGGAUCAGGUGAAAGACAUGCACCGCUCUGGAGUUCUGCAGGACGGCCGGCUGGCCGGAUCCGUCCCGGCAGUCCACCGGAGGAGCAUCCGUGGAGACAAGAUCGCCUGGGUGAGCGGAUCGGAACGCGGCUGCGAGGCCAUCAACUUCUUGCUCAACCUGAUCGAUAAGCUGAUCUCCUUUUGCUCCGGGAGGCUGGGAAACAAAGCGAUUCGGGAAAGAUCCCAGGCUAUGGUGGCGUGUUACCCAGGAAAUGGGGCGGGUUAUGUCAAGCACGUGGACAAUCCCAACUGUGAUGGACGCUGCAUCACCUGCAUCUACUACCUCAACAAGAACUGGAAUGCCAAGGAGCAUGGCGGCAUCCUCAGGAUCUUUCCAGAAGGGAAGUCGUACGUGGCAGACAUCAAGCCACUUUUUGAUAGGCUGCUCUUCUUUUGGUCAGACCGCAGGAACCCACAUGAAGUGCAGCCUUCCUAUACCACCAGGUACGCCAUCACAGUUUGGUAUUUCGACUCUGAGGAGCGAGCCGAGGCCAAGAGACGCUUCAGAGACCUCACAGCAUCAAAGGCGCAGCAGGGCGGUAGCUCCAGCAGCUCCAGCUGAUCACGAGGAGGUGUCACCACCUAGUGUUCAACCUCCAAACCGCAGGAGAGGGCGGCAGGGUUCCUUCUGGUCGUCGAAGCUUCUGGAAAAGCUGAAAGAAAAGUUGAAAAACAAACAAAAAAAAGUUUUCACCCUGUCCUGAUCUAAGGACGGGCGUUUCUGACCUGCCUGCAUUUCUGCUGCUGCUCCUGCUGCUGCUAUAACCCGAGGCACUUUGGGCGACCUGCAGCUGUUCUGGACAUUCCCUGCUUUUCAUGAUGUUUCUGCAAUACGCAGCUGAUUUCGUCUGAGUGGAGAGAAAAAACUGUAGACUGUACUUUAUUUUUUUUUUUUGGUAAAUUUUCUUUUAAAGCCUCACCUUCAGAUGAGAGGAGGAGGAGAGUUUGCCGACAGCUUUCGGGGUUUACAGAGAGACGUGAUGUUUUUAAACCACUGUGACGGAAGUUUCACACUUAAAUGUGUGCUUAAGAAGGAGGAGCACAGAACUGUUGCUUAAACUACAGAAGAAGAAGAAAAAUUGUUUACCAGUAGAUGAUGCCUCGAUAUCCACCGACCAAUGAGGGCUGAACUUGAAAAAGAUGAAAAUACAUAUUUCAAAUUUGAGAUCUUAUUAGGAGAAACUUUUGAAAAAAACUUUGUAUAUUUUAUUGUGAACAACCAAAAGGAAAAAAAGAGCUUGCUAGAAGCAACUCUAUAUUAAAAUACUGAGUCAUUAAGGAUUUCUUUUUUUUUUAAAGAAAAACUCCAUUAGCAUUAAAUCAAUUAUUUAUUUUAAAUUCAACAAAUUUAUUAAAUCACUAAUAGUUUUAUCACCCUAGAACUUAGAUGUAAAUGUUUCCACUUAAUAUAUCAGACAGUGCAUCGCUGGAGUGCCAAUUUUGGGAAGAGCACUUUGCCGCGAUGAUAUGAAACGUUUGUGGAAAAUAGCUGUGUCAUCUAAUCCAGAAAAGUAAAACGAAUAGUUUAAUCGGUUACUUUUCCAAACAGCUAUUCCUUGUAGCUUCAACCAAGCUUCCAAUUGGGAACUAGCGUGUGCUGCAAAUCACCUUCUAGUAAAUGGUUUUGUAGGUUCAGCUAAGCUGCUGGCCUCGGACAAAAUGCUCUUAAAGGGGACCCAUUCUGCUCAUUCUCACUCCGUAUUUUUAUUCUUGAACUCUUAAAUGAGCAACGUCGUACGAUUCACAGUUCAAAAUAAUGCCUACUUACCGUAUCCUGCUUAGUUCAUGAAAAUGAUUUCCUUCCUUGACAUAGUGAAUAACAUAAAAUAUGUUCGUGUGAUAGAAAAGAAGGAAAAGCAAAAAGGUCCCCUUUAAGGUCAAGUUUGCAUUUAAUGGGAAUGAAUUGUUCAUUGAAGUUUACCAUAUGAUCUCUUAUAUUGCACUACCUUCCAUCAUCAUAUGUGAAAGGUUUUACUUUCCAACACAAUUCUACUGAGAUUUGAUAAAUGACGUAUUUUUUAUAGUAAAAUGUGUUAAAUAUCCACAAUUGCAGAUUUGUUUUUCAUACCCUUCUCUGAAUGCUUCUGUGUAUUAGUGAACUUUGUUGGCUGAGAAAUAGAAAAACCUUUCACUUUAAGUGUGAUUCACAAAUAGUCUUCCGUAAAUUAUUUUGACAAAACGCUCCAUUUACUCCGGUCCCUGUGAGUUCGGUCCCUGAAUCGAAAAACGGAUGUCUGUGUCUGGUGCACGCGCCGUCCUCUGCUGACGGAGAAGGACGAUGAGGAGACAGAUUCCACUGAUACAGCAGAUUUGACGGGAGCGUGUGAAGCAGCUGUCAAAGAGACUGUACAUAUGAGAGGAUGAAUAAUUGAUGUUCCGUUCAAACAGCCCUUCUGAGACAUUAUUGAGCUCGAGUCGCUGUCCUGAAACAAUAACGCUCACCGCCAACUUACACCACCUUUAAAACUGAUCUGUCAUCUUCGCUGCAGCGGGAGUGGGACAACCCCCCCUCACUUGGGCUCUCUGCUGGUAUUACUGCAUUCUUUGGUGGAAGAGUUAAGUCUUGUACACAAUCCGAAUGUUCUGUAAACAUGAUAUUUACAAAUGUGUUGAAUACAACUUUGGUUUGAAAAAAAACAGACUGUGGUGUUUGACUUUAUUUAUGGCUUUAUGGUUUAUUUAACCAUUCACAUCACCGGUUUAUUUACAACUAAAAUAAGUGGUUCAAUUAUGAACUCUUAUAUAAAUUCAAGGGCUGCUCCAGUGCAAUUCACUGAUCAGGUAUAACAUGAGCACUGACAGGUGAAGUGAAUAACACUGAUAUUUCUUCAUGAUAGCAACUGUUAGUGAGUGGGCUAUAUCAGCGAACAAGUGGGUCCCAAAGUUGAUGUGUUAGAAGCAGGAAAAAUGGGCCAAAUUGUGAUGUGACUAGAUGGGUUAGAGCAUCUCCAAAACUGCAGUUCUUGUAGGAGUUUCCUGGUCUGCAGUGGUCAGUAUCUAUCAAAAUGGUCCAAGGAAGAAAGAGUGGUGAGCCAGUGACAGGGUCAUCACUGGCCAAGUCUCACUGAUGCACACAGGGAGUAACUGUGACAAGCUAAUGUUGCUCAAAUUGCCAAAAAAGUUGAUGCUGGUUUAAAAAUUACUGAUAGCUCAAUUGAUAUGUGUGGGAAUACACAGUGCAUUCCAGUUUGCAAAUGGGGCUGCAUAACUGCAGACCUCCCAGGGUGCUGACCUGCAUCUACCACCAAAACCACCACCAAUGUGCAUGUGAGCAUCAGAACUGGACAACAGAGCAAUGGUAGAAGGUAGUCUGGUGUGGUCUAAGGAGCUUGGAAAGAAAAGUGUUUGGAGAAGCUUCUUCAGUUCUAAAAGCAACUGGUGGAGAGUCCCAGAUUUUAAGCCCUAUCCUCCCAACUAGGAAGGAUCCGAAAGACAAACACAACAACAACAAAACAACAAACUUUAUUUAUAUAGCACAUUUAAAAACCAGUGGUGUACCAAAGUGCUUAAGAGAGUAGGAUGAAGUAACAGGGAAGGAUGAGGUCUAUGGCAAGGUACCAAAACAUGCUAGCAGGUUGAAUGGCAUUAAAACACAAAAGCAAAAGAAUUGCAU